AUGCAACAUUUAUUGGAUGCCAACGGCUGUUAAACCUAAUCGAAGAAGUAGACACUAAAGAAGAAGACGGAGAAGAAGUUUACGGAAAAUGGCAAGCUGGGGCAGGGUUGCUGGAGUUUUGAGAAACUUUUGGAGGAGACCUUGGUCGUACAGAACGCUGCAUCGUGCCCUGGGACCAGGCGUUGUGGGGUCUGUCGUUGGAAGCGGACUGAUAUAUUAUCACUUUGAGCCGAGCAAGAGGUUUUUGCCCUUCACCGUCCAUGCCGAGGAGGAAAAGGUAAAGUAUCUUUGGUAAAGUGGCGCAGCUAGCUGGCUGGCUAUCUGUAACGCGUUAGCUAGUUAGCCACGAACUUUGAGCUAACUAGCUAUCCGAACUUGCCAUGAAUCUUGCUAGUUAGCUGUCAGUGCCUGGUGAAUCAUUAUUUGUAUGCUAAACUCGUCUACCAGGCAUUAUCACAACUGAAUAUUAGUACAGUACACAAGUAAACAGCCAUAUUAAGGACGAUGCGCGGCGUCCUAUAUUGUAGUAGGCCUAUAUUAAACAACAAGUAGCCUAUUUAGCUAAGGCUCGGCGUACAAAUAAUAUGGUAGCUAGUUAGCUCAAUGUUUUUUGGAUCCAAUCAACAUUUGAGAAUACUGUGGUGCAUUCAGUACGACAGAACGGUGUUAAACGUUUAAUUAGACGGAAACGGUACUGUACUGAACGACCAGUUGAAGAACGGCAUGAUGAUUGUGUGUGUUCUUUAUAUUUGGUGUAUGGGUGUGCUCCACGGUUUUUGUGAAAUGUCGUUCAACACAAUCCGACACUCAACAUAGCAAACGUUGAACCGAAGUGAACACAGAUUGGUGCACCUCCCAGUUGAUUCCAAUGAUGUCACACAUCUUUGGAUCAUUGGUGACUCUCCUAUGUUUUCUUAGCCCCACAAGUUUGCUGUCAUGUAAACAGUUAAUAACUUGUAAGUACAGUUAUUAUAACAGUAACAUUCUGUCAUAGGGCAUAACAUUGAAGAAGUGUUUGAGUUAAGUCACGCUAAAAUGACUACCUGUUUAACAGCUCGUGUCCCACGUUGAAAGGUAUAUCCAUAGUCGGUUGACAGUUCUUAUUAAACCCUUACAUCAGUGUUUCCCAACCCUGGUCCUCGAGGACCCCCAACAGUACACAUUUUCAUUGUAGCCCUGGACAAACACACCUCAUUCAACUCAUUGAGGGCUUGAUGAUUAGUUGACAAGUUGAAUCAGGUACUCGAGGACUAGGGUUGGGAAACACUGCCUUACAUCACCGCACCAAGCAGUGCACAAUAAAGUAUUAAAUCCAGUUGUUAGAUGCUACUUCUACUUCCUGUCUGUGGCAGCACGAUGGCCAUAUUGCGAGGUUGAUUAACUAGGACAAACGGGUGUGAAACAGACAGGGAAUGUGACCUUGCUCUGAGGAGACAGGAAGAGAUGGUGACUCUGGCCUUGGCCAGGGGCUGCUUUACAAGUGGGAUGCACUGUUGAGCGCUACAUCCCGAGGGGUUCGUGCUGAAUGUACGGAGAUUGUGACAGCCGGUUAAAUGGCGUCCCUAGACAAGGCAAGAACUAGAUGUAUGUCAGGAGAAGGGCAGUACUAUCAUAAUAAUAGUUAUACUUGGAAUACGGAGGAAUAAUGGAGGGGAAAAGAGAGGCAGAGGAGGUCUAAGAGAGAGGGAGGAAGAGGGUGAGCUUGAGUCAGUUCAAAAUCAAAUCAAAUCAAAUCAAAUGGCGGGGAAAAUGGAGAUGGUUUGUUAAAGAAGAAUGGUAGAAAGUGUAAGCAGAGUGAGUUGAAGACAAGAGGAGAAAUGGAAGUGAAUGAGGGAGGUAUCGGAGGUGGUAGGUGUGGUGACGUUCUCGGAGCCCGAGAUUUGCACCGAGGGUCAGGAUAAAGAUGAGUCUGUGACAGUAGGAGUCAAGCUUUUGAAAAAGUGGAUCCUUGCCUUUUGGCUGAUCCAUUUGUGGUUUCAGGGUGGGUGAAAACAGAGUUGGGUGCUGUGGAAUCAGUGAGGGUAACCAGAAGUGGUCUGGUGAUAAUUGUUUGUGUUUCUGCUGGUCAGAGGGAGCAGGCGCUCCAUGUUUAACUAAUGGGGGCAAUAGAUGUGAAUUGUUUUGCUCUCAAGAAAAGGGUGCCAUUGAAAGGCAUGUAAAUAUGAAAGCUGGGUAAGAUUCCCAGUGUUUGUGAUGCUCGUCAUUUGGUGGGAUGCAGACAGGGUGGCGUGAGUGAAGAAACAGAAGAGUCAUUGUCUGUUCUUUUGAGUUUUGAUGUUGAGUCUUUGCCCGACAAAGUGAUGUUAGGAUAUAUAAGUUAUCCGGUACGAGCUUUUGUGCAGAAUACAUUACGUUAUUACAGGUGUCAAGUUUAUGGGCAUGUGGCAGCAGUGUGUAGGAGGGAGGUUCCUAGGUGUGAGAAGUGUGCGGAAGGGCAUGAGACAAAGGAAUGCGUAGCAUUGGGGAAAGUAGUGGUAUGUGUUAAUUUUAGGGGUGCCCAUGGGGCUGGGGAUCCGAAAUGUCCGGUGCGAGAGAGGCAGGUUGAGGUUACCAGGGUUAGAGUAUUGCAGAAGUUGUCAUAUGCUGAGGCAGGAAAGAUGGGUCAAGGGGGAGGGAUCCUGAGAGGACUGGUGUGAGUAGUAGAUCUGUACCAGUACAGAGGAUAAACCAACAAGUGAUAUAUGUUUCAGUAAGAUUGGAUUUUUGGCAUUUAUAGCAAUGGUUAUCAACUGUACUGCAGGGAUGGAACGUAAGUCGCAGAAAAUAGAGGUAGUGGUGGCAGCUGCAGAGAGGUAUUUGGGUGUGCAAGACUUGAUGCCAGAAGAGUUACAGGUUGUGUUAAGUGGUGGUGUCCCAUCCUUUCAGGCUGUUGGCCUGAGGUAGGAAUAACUACUGGAGUAUGGUAGUUAUUAUUAUAGUUUUUUGUAUUUUUUGAGAGUGUAGGGUAUUGGUUGUAUUUUUAUUUAUUUUUUAAAGCAAGGUAUAAGGGAGUUAUACUCCAGUCUAGUAGGUGGCGGUAAUGCAACAUUUAUUGGACACCAACCGCCGUUAAACCUCAUUGAAGAAGAAGAAACAAAUCUCCCGACAUGGGAAAAGGGCCGCUAAACAGGUACUUUCACAAGUCUGGAAUUAAGUCGCACGGUUUGCUAGUGAUAUGCUCAUAGACCUCGUUCAUCGAGGCCUAUGGGCUAAUGUUUUCUAUGUAUUGGGAAAUUGUGCAAUCAGUAGAUACAUUGAUAGAAGCAAGCAAAUAAAAUGUACAGUUGAAGUCGGAAGUUUACAUACACCUUAGCCAAAUACAUUUAAACUGACAUUUAAUCCUAGUAAAUAUUCCCUGUCUUAGGUCAGUUAGGAUCAUCACUUUAUUUUAAGAAUGUGAAAUGUCAGAAUAAUAGUAGAGAGAAUGAUUUAUUUCAGCUUUUAUUUCUUUCAUCACAUUCCCAGUGGGUCAGAAGUUUACAUACACUCAAUUAGUAUUUGGUAGCAUUGCCUUUAAAUUGUUUAACUUGGGUCAAACGUUUCAGGUAGCCUUCCACAAGCUUCCCACAAUAAGUUGGGUGAAUUUUGGCCCAUUCCUUCUGACAGAGCUGGUAUAACUGAGUCAGGUUUGUAGGCCUCCUUGCUCGCACACACUUUUUCAGUUCUGCCCACAAAUGUUCUAUAGGAUUGAGGUCAGGGCUUUGUGAUGGCCACUCCAAUACCUUGACUUUGUUGUCCUUAAGCCAUUUUGCCACAACUUUGGAAGUAUGCUUGGGGUCAUUGUCCAUUUGGAAGACCCAUUUGCGACCAAGCUUUUAACUUCCUGACUGAUGUCUUGAGAUGUUGCUUCCAAUAUAUCCACAUAAUUUUCCUUCCUCAUGAUGCCAUCUAUUUUGUGAAGUGCACCAGUCCCUCCUGCAGCAAAGCACCCCCACAGCAUGAUGCUGCCACCCCCAUGCUUCACGGUUGGGAUGGUGUUCUUCGGCUUGCAAGCUAUCCCCUUUUUCCUCCAAACAUAACGAUGGUCAUUAUGGGCAAACAGUUCUAUUUUUGUUUCAUCAGACCAGAGGACAUUUCUCCAAAAAGUACGAUCUUUGUCCCCAUGUGCAGUUGCAAACCGUAGUCUGGCUUUUUUAUGCCGGUUUUGGAGCAGUGGCUUCUUCCUUGCUGAGCAGCCUUUCAUCUUAUGUCGACAUAGGACUCGUUUUACUGUGGAUAUAGAUACUUUUGUACCUGUUUCCUCCAGCAUCUUCACAAGGUCCUUUGCUGCUGUUCUGGGAUUGAUUUGCACUUUUCGCACCAAAGUACGUUCAUCUCUAGGAGACAGAACGCAUCUCCUUCCUGAGCGGUAUGACUGCUGUGUGGUCCCAUGGUGUUUAUACUUGCGUACCAUCGUUUGUACAGAUGAACGUGGUACCUUCAGGCAUUUGGAAAUUGCUCCCAAGGAUGAACCAGACUUGUGGAGGUCUACAAUUAUUUUCCUGAGGUCUUGGCUGAUUUCUUUUGAUUUUCCCAUGAUGUCAAGCAAAGAGGCACUGAAUUUGAAGGUAGGCCUUGAAUACAUCCACAUGUACACCUCCAAUUGACUCAAAUGAUCAGAAGCUUCUAAAGCCAUGACAUCAUUUUCUGGAAUUUUCCAAGCUGUUUAAAGGCACAGUCAACUUAGUGUAUGUAAACUUCUGACCCACUGGAAUUGUGAUACAGUGAAUUAUAAGUGAAAUAAUCUGUCUUUAAACAAUUGUUGGAAAAAUUACUUGUCAUGCACAAAGUAGAUGUCCUAACCGACUUGCCAAAUCUAUAGUUUGUUAAAAAGAAAUUUGUGGAGUGGUUGAAAAACGAGUUUUAAUGACUCCAACGUAAGUGUAUGUAAACUUCCGACUUCAACUGUAUCCAUUAGCUAAUUGCUGUUUGCAUGAAAGUCUGUCAUUUGGCUAUGUGCCAAAAUAGUUGGUCAGGAGUACUGACAAUUAAUUCUAUAGCCAUUCUUAUCCAAUUUUCAGCUAUGCACUGCCCCUUAGUUUAGACUUUGUCCUCCUUUUAGUGCUAAUGCUUCCUUCUGUAUUAUAGGUGCUUCCAGUGUCCCAGACGUCUGCCAGACGGAUGCGCUUCAACCAGUUUGCCUCCAUGAUGUACGAUAAGGAACUCUACAUGACACCAAGGGAUUUCCUCUUCUCAAUCAUGCUGGAGAAUGUUGACCGUAAGUACAGUAGUAUCAAAUGAUGGUGUCCAUGUUGUAAAAUGGCCUACCUGUUUGAAAAGGGAUACUUUGUGAUGUAAUGAAUGUAAUUGUUUGGUAUAUGGCUACAUUGGCUAGACACAAGCUCCCUCUGGGUAAGUGUAUUGCAUUUUGUUCCAAGCAAGAACUGCUCUUUACUUUUCCUUUCUUCUGCUUGUAGGUAAAUUACAAAAUAAAGCUCUAACCAAAAAGGUGAGUGUUGGGAUCGGGUUAACUCAUUGUCAGAACUUGUUUUGGAUUUACUGUCGUCUUAUCAACAUGAGCAUUACAGCAAGAGAUUACUUUUAGUUGUUUCUCUUUGUAUAAUUUAUGAUACUUGGAGGAGGUGGAUAAGAUGCUGGAUGCUGCCACACGGGCCCAGGCAGGCAACAGUCUGUUCAGAAACUUCGGAGACGAUGGUACGUUUUCAUGCCAUGGUGAAAGAACCUCAAUGGUGCUAUGUGCUUUAUCAAAGUAAAAAGAUGCUGGCUAGUUAUACUUCAGGCAGGAAAAUAUGUAUUUGUUCAAUAUGUGGGAGUGUCAAUCUAAACGGUUUAAAUGAACACUCACUGAAAUGUUUGUGUGAUACAGAUGGCAUGUUUUGUGUCUUGCAGGUCUGAUAUCCUACACAGAGUACCUGUUCCUGUUGACUAUUCUGACCAGUAAGUUAUAGCAUGAUGUACAGUAGAAAAAGCCCUCCCUUUCAAUGACAUGCAUUGAACCUGCAUCCUCUCAUGCUUACACAGCACAUCUUACUUAAUCUGGGUUGUGUCCAUUAGGAGAACUGUAGCAAAAUGGUUUGCAACUGAAAACAAAAAGGAGUGUUUGUUAUUGGACAAGUUUAGUCGAUGUCAAUUGGCUAGCUAGUUAGCGGUAUCUACUCAGUUGAGCUCUGCCCGACUGCUGAGGUUGCUGCGGAGGAGGUCAAAGGGGGUGAGUGUAGCCUAGUAUCAUUCAAUAGGUGACGUCACCCACUCAAGGGCCGCAGCUUUUUCAUGGGUGACAGAUGUCGAUGUGUUCAGAGGCUCCCUGGUUUGAUCCCAGGUUGGGGCAGGGAGAGGAACGGAAGCAACAGUGUUAUGCAAGGACAGAAUGGUACCUUCCUGUUUCACUCAGUUUCAGAACAUUUUCUUCUGUUGGGUGCCUAGUGAACACAACCCUGGUUUAGCACAGAUGUAGCAUAUAGACGUGCCAAGGCAGUGCCACAUUAAAGCAUGUGAGAUCUCAUGCACUUUUCUGCAUGCACAGUCAUGCCUUGGCGGACCAGCGCAAACAUAAUGAAUGUGUGGCAACACCUUUGUACAGGAGCUGGAUUGGCGAGUUUCCGUUGCCCAUGAUAUUCUCAGGCUCUGCAUCUGAUUGUCUGCGCAUUAGGUUAACUUAAUUUAUUGACAGAGUACAUUAGAUUAGGCUAUCUAUCAUGUUUAGGAUAGUACAUUGUGUAGCCUGUUACUGUAAAACAUUGUGAAAAUUAUAAGAUGGUUAUGUAUGCAUUACUUGAAUUUGUGGGAUUUUCUAUGCCCUCCAAAGUUUAGUGCAGUGCCUGAAUAGCUGUGUAAAACUUAAAUGUAGCAGGACUGACUAAACCUGGGUGGUGGGUGUUCAGUAGGCACAAAAUUAAAAAUAACAUAUUCAAAAGGUCCAAUAGAACGCUAAUUUUCCUUUUCUAUUUAUAUUAUUAUUUUCUCAUAUUUAGCUAUUGAACACACUGCUCAUGUGGUAGUGUUUUGAUGACUUAACUUCCUAAUUCAAGAUGUUGCCCAGUCACCAACAAUGUUGUGCUUGAAUCAUUAUUUCAGAAGACCCUGCUGUUAACCGCUCAUCUUGUCGCUGCUUUGUUCUGUCCAAGCAGUACCUAGAUAAGCCUGUGAUGUUAUUUUCUAAUAGAAAAUGCAUUGUGUUAUUUCAGAGCCACACACAGGAUUUCAUAUAGCUUUCAAAAUGCUUGAUAUUGAUGGCAAUGAGCAUGUGGACAGAAAGGAGUUUCUCAAGGUAUGUUUUAUAAUCUAUAUUAUAAAAUGUUCCUUUUAUGAUAUCGUCGCUCUCUGAUGAAAACCUUGGAACUGCAUUUGUGGCCAAUUUUUUUUAUUGAUUGAAAGCAGUAAUCCCCCUCAAUGUACUCUGAACAUUUCAUGACUCUAGGACCAAGAAAAUAUAUUCAAAAUAGCUUCUGAAGCGUCAUAAUUGUAUGUUCGUUAAUGGGAAAAUUUGGUAAUUCUUUCAAUUUCCUGACACAUUUCUGGUUUGGAGAUGAGAGGUUUUCAUCAGACAGUGAUGAUGAUAUGCUUCUCAAGGAAUUUAUGGAUUUGUAUUUUCAUGUUGCAUAUACAGUGGCUUGCGAAAGUAUUCACCCCCCUUGGCAUUUUUCCUAUUUUGUUGCCUUACAACCUGGAAUUGAAAUGGAUUUUUUUGAGGUUUGUAUCAUUUGAUUUACACAACAUGCCUACCACUUUGAAGAUGCAAAAUAUAUUUUUUUGUGAAACAAACAAGAAAUAAGAAAAAAAAAUAGAACUUGAGCGUGCAUAACUAUUCACCCCUCCAAACUCAAUACUUUGGAGAGCCACUUUUUGCAGUAAUUACAGCUGCAAGUCUCUUGGGGUAUGUCUCAAUAAGCUUGGCACAUCUAGCCACUGGGAUUUUUGCCCAUUCUUCAAGGCAAAACUGCUCCAGCUCCUUCAAGUUGGAUGGGUUCCGCUGGUGUACAGCAAUCUUUAAGUCAUGCCACAGAUUCUCAAUUGGAUUGAGGACUAGGCUUUGACUAGGCCAUUCCAAGACAUUUAAAUGUUUCCCUUAAACCACUCGAGUGUUGCUUUAGCAGUAUGCUUAGGGUCAUUGUCCUGCUGGAAGGUGAACCUCCGUCCCAGUCUCAAAUCUCUGGAAGACUGAAACAGGUUUCCCUCAUGAAUUUCCCUGUAUUUAGCGUCAUCCAUCAUUCCUUCAAUUCUGACCAGUUUCCCAGUCCCUGCCGAUGAAAAACAUCCCCACAGCAUGAUGCUGCCACCACCAUGCUUCACUGUGGGGAUGGUGUUCUCGGGUGAUGAGAGGUGUUGGGUUUGCACCAGACAUAGCGUUUUCCUUGAUGGCCUAAAAGCUCAAUUUUAGUCUCAUCUGACCAGAGUACCUUCUUCCAUAUGUUUGGGGAGUCUCCCAUAUGUCUUUUGGCGAACACCAAACGUGUUUGCUUAUUUUUUUCUUCAAGCAAUGGCUUUUUUCUGGCCACUCUUCCGUAAAGCCCAGCUCUGUGGAGUGUACGGCUUAAAGUGGUCCUAUGGACAGAUACUCCAAUCUCAGCUGUUGAGCUUUGCAGCUCCUUCAGGGUUAUCUUUGGUCUCUUUGUUGCCUCUGAUUAAUGCCCUCCUUGCCUGGUCCGUGAGUUUUAGUGGGCGGCCCUCUCUUGGCAGGUUUGUUGUGGUGCCAUAUUCUUUCAAUUUUUUAAUAAUGGAUUUAAUGGUGCUCCGUGGGAUGUUCAAAGUUUCAGAUAUUUUUUUAUAACCCAACCCUGAUCUGUACUUCUCCACAACUUUUCCCCUGACCUGUUUGGAGAGCUCCUUGGUCUUCAUGGUGCCCCUAGCUUAGUGGUGUUGCAGACUCUGGGGCCGUUCAGAACAGGUGUGUGUGUGUGUGUGUGUGUGUAUAUACUGAGAUCAUGUGACAGAUCAUGUGACACUUAGAUUGCACACAGGUGGACUUCUGAAUUAUGUGACUUCUGAAGGUAAUUGGUUGCACCAGAUCUUAUUUAGGAGCUUCAUAACAAAGGGGGAGAAUACAUAUGCACGUACCACUUUUCCGUUAUUUUUUUCAUUUCACUUCACUAAUUUGGACUCUUUUGUGUAUGUCCAUUACAUGAAAUCCAUUUAAAUUACAGGUUGUAAUGCAACAAAAUAGGAAAAACGCCAAGGGGGAUGAAUACUUUUGCAAGGCUCUGUAGUAGUCUGUAUUCAGUCUAAUGUAUUGUAUAUCAAAGUAUAGUCGUGUAUAUCUAUAUCAAGUAUCCACACUGUUACAUUCCAAAAUAUUACCAACCCUUACAUGGACGUUACCCAGUUGGAGGUUUUAAAAUAAAUGCUCCUACAAAUAAUUUGAGUACUAUAGACUCUUGAUACUAACGCAGAGAGUCACAUGUUGUAUGGCCAGUACCUCAAGUCUGUGCACCAAUUUCUCCCACCUCAAUUGGUUCCUUCUGUCAAAACAUAGGCAUGUUCAUUCUAAGAGGUACCACAUUUUAUAUGUUACAGAAACUAGCUUGUAAACAUACUGUAUUUGCUAGUUGGCUUUAGCACAAUACAGUAUGCAUACAUUGCUACAAAAAUGCCUGUGACUGGUACAAUUUUGUACCAAACCAAUGAAAAGUUGAUUCCCUAAUUUCGAACAGAGGCUGGUGUGGACAUCAGCAACACUGGGAACCACAGGGUUUAGUUAGCGUUAAGAGACCUCUGUUGUGUGUUCCUACUGGGAAGAUGGGGUCCAAAACAUACUACACGUAAGCAUGUUAUGCACCUGACAAAGGAGAGAGAGGAGCAGCAUGGAUAAUCAUUCAGCAUGUUUGAGCGGAUCAGUGUGAGCAAGGCAAGUGAUCACUUUGAUCACAUCAUGAGUAGUAUUUGGGAUGCAAGGUGAUUUGUAGAUCAGUAAUUCUGUGUGGUCCAACUGCUGUGUAGUCGAUCUCAAACACACAGACACUGUUUGCUGUUUCAUACUGGCUCCAGUUUUAAUAUUAGUGAGGCAUUGUGGGUAGUAGGUAACCUUUUGACUAAUGAACAUUUCUCUGUUAUUGCUGACAUUUAUUGGAUAAUUCAGAUGAGUAAGAGGUAUGUAUGUGUUAUUAGUGGGUUUAUAACUGCAUUUUUUUACUGUAAGCUAGCUAAGAAAUGCUCUCACUAGUAGUAAAUGUUUUUAGCUUAAUCUUUUGUUGUUUAGUAUCUGCGUUAUUAUAAUACAAUAAAUAAUUGUUGCUGCUUUGUUUUGAUGAAGCUCAAGAAAAUCAUUGGGAAAAUAAAAGAGAAAGUGCCCAAGGAAGGUGCCACAGACAUGGUGAGUCAACACUAAACCUUCUUUUUAAGACUGAACUCCUUAGUCAUUUAUGUGACUUCGUGAAUGACAUUGAAUGGUCUUUGGGGAAAUGGCCAUUGAAAGCGCUAAGCCUUGCCAACUCUGUCAUUGUACAAUGAUGUAAAUGUAAACCAUUGCGUACCGGCUGGAAAACUGAUUGUGUUUACUCGUAUUUCAAGCGUGAUGGGGCUUGCAGUAAUAACAAAGGCAGGAAAUGUUGAAACUUGAUGUCAUCUUCACAGAAACCAGUCGUAGAGGAGGAUGGUGUGAACACUACACUGCAGGCAUUCUUCUUUGGCAGGAAUGGCGAAAACAAGCUUCAGUACAAUGGAUUCUGCAGGUAAAAUACACUACAUGACCAAAGGUAUGUGGACACCUGCUCAUUCCAAAGUCAUGGGCAUUAAAAUGGAGUUGGUCCACCCAUUGCUGCUAUAACAGCUUCCACUCUUCUGGGAAGGCUUUCCACUAUAUGUUGGAACAUUGCUGCGGGGACUUGCUUCCAUUCAGCCACGAGCAUUAGUGAGGUCAGGCAAUGAUGUUGGGCGAUUAGACCUGGCUCGCAGUCAGCGUUCCAAUUCAUACCAAAGGUCUCUGAUGGGGUUGAGGUUAGUGCUUUGUGAAGGCCAGUCAAGUUUUUCCACACCGAUCUCGACAAACCAUUUAUGUAUGGACCUCGCUUUGUGCACUGGGGCAUUGUCAUGCUGAAACAGGAAAGGGCCUUCCCCAAACUGUUGCCACAAAGUUGGAAGCACAGAAUUGUCUAUAAUGUCAUUGUAUGCUGUAUUGUUAAGAUUUCCCUUCACUGGAACUAAGGCGCCUAGCCCGAACCAUGAAAAACAGCCCCAAACCAUUGGUGAAGUGUGAUUCAUCACUCCAGAGAACACGUUUCCACUGCUCCAGAGUACAAUGGCGGCGAGCUUUACAACACUCCAGCCGAUGCUUGGCAUUGUGCAUGGUGAUCUUAGGCUUGUGUGCGGCUGCUUGGCCAUGGCAACCUAUUUCGUGAAGCUCCCGACUAACAGUUCUUAUGCUGAUGUUGCUUCCAGAGGCAGUUUGAAAACUCGGUAGUGAGUGUUGCAAUCGAGGACGGACGAUUUUUACGCGCUUCAGCACUCGGUGGUCCAGUUCUGUGAGCUUGUGUGGCCUACCACUUCGCGGCUGAGCCGUUGUUGCUCCUAGACAUUGCCACUUCACAAUAACAGCACUUAGAGUUGACCGGGGAAGCUCUAUCAGGGCAGAAAUUUGAUGAACUGACUUGUUGGAAAGGUAGAAUCCUAUGACGGUGCCACGUUGAAAGUCACUGAACUCUUCAGUUAGGCCAUUCUACUGCCAAUGUUUGUCUAUGGAGAUUGCAUGGCUGUGUGCUCGAGUUUAUACACCGGUCAGCAACGGGUGUGGCUGAAAUAGCCGAAUCCGCUAAUUUGAAGGGGUGUCCACAUACUUUUGUGUAUAUAUACACUACCGUUCAAAAGUUUGGGGUCACUUAGAAAUGUCCUCGAAAGAAAAACCUUUUUUUUUGUCCAUUAAAAUAACAUCAAAUUGAUCAGAAAUACAUUGUAGACAUUGUUAAUGUUGUAAAUGGCUAUUGUAGCUGGAAACUGCAGAUUUUUAAUGGAAUAUCUACAUAGGCGUACGGAGGACCAUUAUCAGCAACCAUCAGUCCUGUGUUCCAAUGGCACGUUGUUUGCUAAUCCAAGUUUAUCAUUUUUAAAAGGCUAAUUGAUCAUUAGAAAACCCUUUUGCAAUUAUGUUGGCACAGCUGAAAAUUGUUGUGCUGAUUUUAAAGAAGCAAUAAAACAGGCCUUCUUGAGACUAGUUGAGCAUCUGGAGCAUCAGCAAUUGUGGGUUUGAUUACAGGCUCAAAAUGGCCAGAAACAAAGAACUUUCUUCUGAAACUCGUCAGUCUAUUCUUGUUCUGAGAAAUGAAGGCUAUUCCAUGUGAGAAAUUGCCAAGAAACUGAAGAUCUCGUACAACGCUGUGUACUACUCCCUUCACAGAACAGCGCAAAUUGGCUCUAACCAUAAUAGAAAGAAGAGUGGGAGGCCCCGGUGCACAACUGAGCAAGAGGACAAAUACAUUAGUGUCUAGUUUGAGAAACAGACCCCUCACAGGUCCUCAACUGGCAGCUUCAUUAAAUAGUACCCGCAAAACACCAGUCUCAACGACAACAGUGAAGAGGCGACUCCGGGAUGCUGACCUUCUAGGCAGAGUUGCAAAGAAAAAGCCAUAUCUCAGACUAGCCAAUAAAAAUAAACGAUUAAGAUGGGCAAAAGAACGCAGACACUGGACAGAGGAAGAUUGGAAAAAAGUGUUAUGGACAGACGAAUCGAAGUUUGAGGUGUUCGGAUCACAAAGAAGAACAUUUGUGAGACGCAGACCAAAUGAAAAUAUGCUGGAGGAGUACUUGAUGCCAUCUGUCAAGCAUGGUGGAGGCCAUGUGAUGGUCUGGGGGUGCUUUAGUGGUAAAGUGGGAGAUUUGUACAGGGUAAAAGGGAUCUUGAAGAAGGAAGGCUAUCACUCCAUUUUGCAACGCCAUGCCAUACCCUGUGGACGGCGCUUAAUUGCAGCAAAUUUCCUCCUACAACAGGACAAUGACCCAAAGCACAGCUCCAAACUAUGCAUGAACUAUUUAGGGAAGAAGCAGUCAGCUGGUAUUCUUUCUAUAAUGGAGUGGCCAGUACAGUCACCGGAUCUCAACCUUAUUGAGCUGUUGUGGGAGCAGCUUGACCGUAUGGUACGUAAGAAGUGCCCAUCAAGCCAAUCCAACUUGUGGGAGGUGCUUCAGGAAGCAUGGGGUGAAAUCUCUUCAGAUUACCUCAACAAAUUGACAACUAGAAUGCCAAAGGUCUGCAAGGCUGUAAUUGCUGCAAAUGGAGGAUUCUUUGACGAAAGCAAAGUUUGAAGGACACAAUCAUUAUUUAUAACCUUGUCAAUGACUAUAUUUCCUAUUCAAACUCAUUUCAUGUAUGUUUUCAUGGAAAACAAGGACAUUUCUAAGUGACCCCAAACUUUUGAAAUGGUAGUGUAGGUGUACCUAAUCCUAGUAAAAUCAUGUUUUCUCAUACGCACUGAAUACUUAUUGUUUAUCUAGGAUCAGUGUUGCCUGUUAGAUCAUAAUAUAGUUACGUGGACAGGGAGACCAGAUCCUAGAUCAGCAUUCCUACUCUGAGACACUUUUUGAGUACGGGCCCAGAACCGACCUAGUCCCGUUCAGUGUCUUUACUCUGGAUAUCUCCUCUAGGUUCAUGGAGGACCUGCAGGCGGAGGUGCAGGAGAUGGAGUUCCUGCAGUUUUCCAAGGGCAUGGACACCAUGCGGCGGGAGGACUUUGCCGAGUGGCUGCUGCACUACACCAACGAGGAAGCCAACGAGGCCUACUGGGAGAACAUGAGGAAGAGGAUCCCUGCUGGCCAGGUAAAAAGGAACAUGGCCCUGUUCCACUGCUUUGAAAAAUCCACCCUUCCUUCUUUAAGGUCAUCACAGAUUAUUAGGGGUUGUGAUAGGUGAAAGCAAGGUUGCCAAUUGCCACCCGAUCAUUUUCCCCAAUCCAACCAAUUCAGAUAUGGGGUUACUUUAAUGAAGGAAGGAUGCAUUUUCUAUUCGAACAGGGCCAGGGAUAAUAUGCAGUCAUGUCAAUGUACCUUCAUGUUUAAGAAGUUGUGAAAUAUAGCACAUUUUGGGGGGGCUCUCAAGGGUUGACUUCUCAAUGUACGACUUGGACAUUUGUCCCUCUUCUCUUGUAGAGCAUCACAUUUGACGAGUUCAAAGCGUUCUGCCUAUUCACCAACAAUCUGGAGGACUUUGCCUUCUCUGUGAAAAUGAUAAGUGAAGCCAACCGACCUAUUGGAAUGGGUAAUUUUCAUUUCUACCUUGUUUUUAGUAGGAAGGGCACUUUGUAUGAAAGAUUCUAAUUCAUCAUAUUCAAACCAAGGACAUUAUCCUGAUAGUCUGUUUCCCUUCCAUUCUCCACAGUCCAAUUUAAGCGAGCUGUGAAGAUCGCCACAGGGCACGACCUCUCGGAGAACGUGCUGGACACUGUGUUCAAGAUCUUUGACCUGGAUGGUGAUAACUGCCUGAGCCACAAGGAGUUUAUCGGAGUGAUGGAGGACAGAGUACUGCGUGGCUUGAAGGUAAAGGGGGCAUUUAUCAGUUGGCAAUCACAUUAAAAUGUCUGUCAGGGCAUUAUUUGGUCUUGAGAUCCGCGCUUCACUCGAACUUUCAUGCAGGUCUCCAAUUUACUUGUAAAUAAUCAUUGUGUUGUGAGUUGCGGUCUCUGUAUGAAUUGUACUAUACAAGUUACGUUUCAGCCAAGGCUACACAAUCUGACCGAACCACCCCGUCCCACCCUCCAGGACACCUUUUCCUGUGUACUAAAGAACCUUUAAACGUGUCCUGGUGAUCAAGUCACUCUGUAAAGUUGAUUAACGUUAUUAUGUGAUGUUUGUAUUUCCCCAGGUGCAGCCCCAGCGUGGCAUCACUGAUUACUGGAAGUGUGUGAAGAGAGAGACACUGAAAGGGGCCCAAGAGGCCCUCCGGGACACAGGAAGCCCUUUCUGAGGGGUUAUGUCAUUGGAUUGAGAAGCUCCUUACGAGGGUUCACUGGGUGACUCCAAUGUAAAGCAUUGAUGGCUGACCACUAGUUGCUCAUUAUCACUUGAUAUUUGUCAAUGGAAUAUAAAUAUGGUCCUCAUGAACCAAAUCAAUAAGGGAUGAUACCAAAUUCAAUGUUUUUCAGGCUUCCUUUUUGUUUGUGAAAAUGUUAUUGCAAUAUACAUAAUCUACGGGUGAGUUUUUUGUUUACAAUAUGUUCUAAUUAGGCUUGGGCGAUAUACCGGGGUAUUUCCAAAUACCGACGGUAUGAUUUUCAAUACUGUGCUACGCCACUGCUUAUAGCUAGCUAGCUAUAAGUGUAACUAUAAGAAAUCUAAGAUGUGUCAAAUAAAUUAUAUCCAUCUUAGGGCUCCAGCUAUGCAUUUGGUU